UCAUUUCAUAUUUUCAUAUGUAAAGUGGCUCAAAAAAACUUUGUUCAGUCUGUUCCUCAAAAUUUUCUGUUUUUGAUUGGAAAUGGCAGGAGGAAUAGCAAGUGACCCGAAUGUUCAAUACAACGGAAAGAUAACCGGGUUUGUAAUUUCUUCCUGCAUAAUUGCUGCUCUUGGAGGAGCCAUUUUUGGUUAUGACAUUGGAGUAUCAGGUGGGGUUACAUCAAUGGAUCCAUUUCUGAGGAAAUUCUACCCAGAUGUAUACACUAAGAUGAAAGAAGACACAAAAAUCAGCAACUACUGCAAGUUUGACAGUGAGUUGUUAACUUUAUUCACCUCAUCUUUAUACUUUGCUGGCCUUUUCGCUUCAUUGCUUGCCUCGUCGAUGACCAAAGCCUUUGGACGUAAGUUAUCGAUCCUAGUUGGAGGCUUAGCAGUGAUUGUUGGUUCUGCUGUAACUGGUGGAGCUCUUAAUGUUUACAUGCUCGUAUUAGGCCGCGUCUUACUUGGAAUUGGUGUUGGCUUCGCGAACCAGGCGAUACCAAUGUAUCUGGUAGAGAUAGCACCGAGUAAAUACAGGGGAGCAUUCAACAACGGUUUCCACUUCAGUCUUUCCUUCGGCAUACUCUUAGCAUCUGUGGUCAACUACGGGACUCAAAAGAUCAAAGGCGACUGGGGAUGGCGAGUGUCAAUAGCCGUGACAGCACUUCCCGCACUCGUCAUAACUCUAGGUUCGUUCUUUCUCCCCGAAACCCCUAACAGCCUCAUCCAAAACAAUGAUGAUCAAAAGGCGAAACUCGUCUUACAAAGAAUAAGAGGUACACCCAAUGUCGAAAAAGAACUGAACGAUCUAUUAGAAGCAAACUCAACCUCGAAAACUACCGAACACCCACUCAACCUUUUACUCUUCCGUAAAAAAUACAGACCUCAGCUCGUCAUGGCGAUAGCAAUACCGCUCUUCCAACAGUCAACGGGAAUCAACGUGGUGGGGUCCUACGCUCCGUUACUCUUCCGAACAAUCGGGUUUGGUGAGUCUGCAUCUCUUCUCUCAUCAGUAGUAAUUGGGGUUGUUCAGAUUGCUGCAGAUGCUUUUGCAAUAGUAACAGUUGACAAAUUUGGAAGAAGAAGUUUGUUUUUCUGGGGUGGUGUUGUAAUGUUAGUACCAUUUUUAGUAGUGGGAAGUAUACUGUUAGCAAAGUUAGGUGAUCAUGGUAGUUUAAGUGAAGGAUAUUCUUACAUAGUUUUGGUUCUUUUGUGUGUUUACAGUGCUGGUUUUAGUUUCUCAUGGGGUCCUUUAGGUUGGUUGGUUCCAAGUGAAAUAUUUCAGCUCGAGAUUCGAUCGGUUGCUCAAGGUGUAACCGUGGCACUCGGUUUUGUAUUCACUUUCGUUCUUGCACAGACGCUUUUGAGUCUUUUAUGCCGUUUUAAGGCCGGGAUCUUCUUCUUCUUCUUCGCGGGGUGGAUCUUGUUCAUGACGGGUUUUGUACACUUGUUGUUGCCCGAGACCAAGAACGUGCCACUCGAGAAGAUCGGAUUGUUAUGGAAGGAGCAUUGGUUUUGGAGUAGGAUUAUUGGUGAGAAUGGCAAACAGAAUUCAGACUAUCCCGGUUUAGCCUUAGAGCUAAUCUGGAUUCGGGGCGAGUUCUAGGUGGAUAGGUUCCAGUGCCUUCAUAAUUGUUGUUGCAGGGGAUCGAACAUGCAGUCCUCCCUACCAAAUUCAGCCUCAAUCAAUCAGUAACAAAAACCAUACUCCAUAUUUAGCAUUAUUAAGUUCCCCAUCUACUAGAUGUUUAUAUAAUAGUUAGCAAUUUAGCAUUGUGAUGUUUAUUGAUUUGUAUUUAUUAAUUUCAUUGUUUUUACUAUGAGUGUCUUUUGAGUUGUUUAUUUUUUUCA